CUCCGUCUCCUCCUACUCUCAAAGGCCUCGUUCGUUUAAUCCCUCUCACGGAGAGAAUUGAAGGGGAUUUGGAGGGGAUUUAUUUCACACCUAUCGUGGUGUGAAAUUAUUCCUCUUCAAUCCCCUCCAAUCCCUCUGUAUUGGGAUUAAUCGAACAAGCCCUAAUUCGUGAGAAGCUCUGAUCGAUGGCGCCGAGCAAGCUCCGGGCGGCGCUGGGCGCGGUCAAGGACAGGACGAGCGUCGGGCUCGCAAGGGUGGGCGGCGCCGACGAGGUGGCCGCGGACCUCGCCGUGGCCAUCGUCAAGGCGACGGCGCACGGGGAGAGCGUGCCUGGCGACGAGCGCCACGUCCAGGAGAUCCUCACGCUGACGUGCUACUCCCGUGCGCGGGUGGCCGCCUGCGUGUCCGCCGUGUCGCGGCGGCUCGGGCGGACGCGGGCGUGGGCCGUGGCGGUCAAGGCGCUGGCGCUGGUGCACCGCCUGCUCGCCGACGGCGACCCGGCGUACGAGCAGGAGGUGUUCCUCGCCACGCGGCGCGGGAGGCGCAUGCUCGACGUGUCGCACCGGUUCCCGCACCGAUCGUCGCGCUCCCGCGCGACGUGGGACUUCCACGGGUUCGUGCGCGCCUACGCCGCUUACCUCGACGACAGGCUCAAGCACCGGAUGAAGGGCCGCGUGGCCAGCCAGGGCAAAUGGUGCUCCGACGGUCGCCGCGACGGCUUCCCCGACAUCACCGACGGGAGUUACGAGGUGGGCGAAGCGGUAGCCGAGGUCUGGGCGCUGGUGCCGAGGGACACGCCGGCGACGGGGACGACGACGACCGAGGAGCUCGUCUCCAAGGCGCAGCAUCUGAAGCACAUACUCCAGCGGUUCAUCGGGUGCCGCCCGACGGGGAAGGCGAGGACGAACAAGGUGGUGGCGGCGGCGCUGCACAGGCUGGUGAAGGAGAGCGCGGUGAUGUACCGCGAGCUCACCGAGGUGAUGGCCAUGCUCGCCGACCGCUUCGCCGAGCUGGAGACCCCCUGCUGCGUGCGCGUACACUCCAUCUUCACCAGCAUCGCCAAGCUGUUCGACGAGCUCGACGAGUUCUACUCGUGGUGCAGAUCCGCCACGAUCUGCCGCCCGUCCGAAAUCCCCGAGGUCGAGCGCGUCGCGCAGAAGAAGCUGGACCUCAUGGACGAGUUCAUCCGCGAUAGACAACCGGCGUCGUCUCGGUGGUGGAGGUGCACGCCGCCGGCGCCGUCCAGCCCGCUUGCCCCCAUUGCCAGCAAUGGCGACAAUAGCAGCAAGGCAUCGCCAGCUGAGCCGGCGCCGGCAGGCGCACUCGUCGUGGUCGACGACCACAUGGCCGACUUCCUGAACCUUGGGGAAGAAUCGACGCCAUUGUCGACGGAGGAGCAAGACCGGGAUCUGACACUGUCCCUGUUCGGCGAUGACCCAGCGACGCCGGCGCCGAAGUGGGAGACGUUUGACGACGACCAAUGCGAUGACUGGGAGACGGCGCUUGUGCAGUCGGCGAGCAAGUUCGCCGCCACCCAGAGCGCGACGGUGCUUGCACUGCCACCGCCACCUGGGGCCACCGGCGGCGAGGUCGCGGACCCGUUCGCGGCGUCGCUGGCCGUGCCUCCGCCGACGUACGUUCAGAUGAUGGACAUGCAGGCGAGGCAGCGGCUUCUUGCGAACGAGCAGAUGAUGUGGCAGCAGUUCGAGACGCAACAAAUGGCGGCCUGGAGUUACAGUUCAUUGUUGUAAGAUCGUAAAAAACGAAAUUAAUGUUUUAGAGCGAUGAGAAAUUUCAAUGCUAACUAUGAUACACGCUAAAUGAAGCUGAUUUUGCACCAUAAUUUUGUGCCCGAGUUGGAACCAAAUCAAGUGAUGCACUCGUUUGGUUGAGCCGAAGCGUGCCUAAGUUCAAUUUUGUGGCGA